ACAGGAAGUAUUAAGCCCAAAGACUUCAGUGCCGCCGAAGAUGGCCGCUUCUACUCGCGUCACUCUCAUCUCCACCGCUCGAACCGAACUCGUUUCGACUCAUCGCAGCUUCCAGACCGGAUUCGUAAAUCCAAUAACCGGAUUGAAGUUCCGGACUGGCUCUCUUAAACCCGAACCCGGCUCCAAGCGAGUUGAUUCGGUUAAGCGCAAUGUGAUUAACGAGGAACAUAGCGUGGAGGAGACUAACUACUCCGUCGACGACAAGCAGUUCGUACGGUGGUUCCGGGAGGCUUGGCCCUACCUCUGGGCCCACCGUGGCGGCACUUUCGUUGUUAUUAUUUCCAGCGAAAUCGUUGUCUCCCCCUAUUUGGAUGUCAUUUUAAAGGAUAUUGCGUUUUUGCAUCACUUAGGGAUCAAAUUUGUUCUUGUUCCGGGAACUCAUGUGCAAAUCGACAAGCUUUUGACUGAAAGAGGACAUGAACCAAAGUAUAAUGAUAGAUACAGAAUAACGGACUCUGAAUCGCUAGCUGCUGCAACGGAAGCAGCUGGAGCGAUUCGUCUAAUGAUGGAAGCAAAACUUUCUCCUGGACCCUCCAUAUCUAAUAUUCGACGACAUGGUGAUAGUAGUCGUUUGCAUGAUGUUGGUGUUAGUGUUGCUAGUGGCAACUUCCUUGCAGCCAAGAGAAGAGGAGUUGUUGAAGGUGUUGACUAUGGAGCAACAGGUGAAGUAAAGAAAGUAGAUGUUGCUCGCAUGCGUGAGAGGCUUGAUGGUGGUUGUAUAGUAAUAUUAAGCAACUUGGGUUAUUCUAGCUCUGGAGAAGUGUUAAAUUGCAACACAUAUGAAGUCGCUACAGCUUGUGCAAUAGUUAUUGGAGCGGAUAAGCUUAUUUGCAUCAUAGAUGGCCCGAUCUUGGAUGAGAAUGGAUGCCUUAUUAAUUUCUUGCCUCUACAAGAAGCAGAUAAGUUAAUCCGUCAGCGAUCCCAGCAAAGUGAAAUAGCAGCUAAAUAUGUGAAAGCUUUUGCUGAAGAAGAUCUCGCUUGCGUUGGACAUAAUGAUAUUGCAGCUGUCCACUCUUUGCAUAAUGGGCAGGCUCUUAAUGUUGCUCAUAAUCCAGCCUUUCAGAAUGGUGUUGGUUUUGAUAACGGCAAUGGACUAACUGGAGAGCAGGGCUUUGCUAUUGGAGGUCAGGAGCGGCUAAGUCGACUAAAUGGUUACCUUUCAGAGUUGGCUGCUGCAGCUUUUGUCUGCAGAGGUGGUGUACAAAGAGUUCAUUUGUUAGAUGGCACUAUAGGUGGAGUCUUAUUAUUGGAAUUAUUCAAACGAGAUGGAAUGGGGACAAUGGUGGCCAGUGAUCUGUAUGAAGGGGCUAGGAUGGCUAAGGUAACAGAUCUAGCCGGAAUCAGGCAAAUCAUACAACCUUUAGAAGAGUCUGGCAAUUUGGUUCGCAGGAGUGAUGAAGAGCUACUGAAGGCCAUAGAUUCAUUUGUGGUAAUGGAAAGAGAAGGUCAAAUCAUUGCUUGCGCUGCUCUUUUUCCUUUCUUCAAGGAAAAGUGUGGAGAAGUUGCUUGUAUCGCAGUUUCUUCCGAAUGCCGAGGACAAGGACAGGGAGAUAAAUUGCUUGUAGUGAAUCAAAUUUACGCAGAUUACAUUGAAAAGAAGGCGUCCUCCCUCGGAUUGGAUAUGCUUUUCCUUCUAACAACUCGAACUGCUGAUUGGUUCGUAAGGCGAGGGUUUACGGAAUGUAGCAUCGACAUGAUACCCGAGGAAAGGAGGAAGAGGAUUAAUCUAUCUCGUAAAUCCAAGUACUACAUGAAGAAAUUGGUACCCAAUGGAAGUGGAAUUACUGCCAACAUAGCAUUUAAAUGAGCAUUUUACUACAAAACUCUUGCUGUU